AUGGAGAAACAUGACGGCGCCAAUGCCACCCACGAUUCCGAGGGUGGCCCCAUGGCUGAGAAUAGAGAGUAUAACUUGGCUGAGCAGCAUGAUCAGUUGGCGCGAGGACUGAAGAGUCGCCAUAUUCAAUUUUUGGCCCUUGGUGGUGCCAUUGGAACUGGUCUCUUCAUCGGUUCUGGAGGUAUUCUCUCAUCUACCGGCCCAGCCCCAUUAUUCAUGGCAUACAUCUCCAUGAUGAUGCUUGUCUGGGUCGUGAUGAACUGCCUUGCCGAGAUGGUCACGUAUCUGCCUAUGCGCGGUAUUACUGUUCCGUACUUCGUUGAUCGCUUUGUUGACCCAAGUCUUGGUUUUGCCGCUGGUUGGAAUUACUGGUACGCAUAUGCCAUUCUCAUUGGUGCCGAAGCCACUGCCGCUGGUAUCAUCAUUGACUACUGGGGUGCCAGUGUCAAUAUUGCAGUAUGGAUCACUGUCGUUUUGGUGGUUAUUCUUUUCCUCAACAUUAUCGCCGUCAGCUUCUUCGGUGAGGCCGAAUUUUGGUUCGCCAGUAUCAAGCUCAUCACCAUCAUGGGUCUCAUCAUUCUUGGUGUCGUCAUUUUCUUUGGCGGUGCUCCCAAAUCGGACGGCGUGCUUGGAUUCCACUACUGGAAGACCCCUGGAGCUUUCGUCGAAUACAAGGCCUCCGGCAGCACUGGCCGCUUUCUUGGCUACUGGCACGCCUUUGUCACUGCUGGUUUCGCCUUCAUCACAUCUCCCGAGCUGAUUGCUAUCGCUGCUGGUGAAACUAUUGCUCCACGACGCAACAUUCCCAAAGCCGCUCGACGAUUCGUCUGGCGUCUGGCCAUCUUCUACGGUUUCGGCUCCCUUGUCAUUGGUAUCAUUGUGCCCUCGGACGACCCAACACUGCUCGGAGCGAACGAGGCCGGCAAAAGCGAUGCCAGUGCCUCGCCCUUCGUCAUUGGUAUUCAGAACGUUGGCAUCCCAGUUUUGAACCACAUCAUCAAUGCCGCCAUCCUGACCUCAGCUUGGUCAGCCGGAAAUUCCUUCCUCUACUCGGGCAGUCGUGUUCUCUACUCCAUGGCGCUGAACGGCCAGGCCCCCAAGUUGUUCCGCAUCACCAACCGCAAUGGUGUACCCUGGGUUGCAGUCCUUUCCACAUGGUCCAUUGGUCUCCUCGCCUACCUUAACGUCUCCAACUCUGGUUCCGAGGUCUUCACCUGGUUCACCAAUAUCUCGACCAUCUCCGGUUUUGUUGCCUGGAUUGUUGUCAUGAUCACUUAUCUGCGUUUCCGCCGCGCCCUCAUCUUCAACAACUUGCUGCACACACUACCUUACAAGACUCCGCUCCAACCAUACGCCACGUAUGCUGCGGUGACUGUUGUCAGUCUUCUCACCAUCACCAACGGUUUCCAGACAUUCAUGCCCUUCAACGCCAAGAACUUCGUCGCUGCUUAUAUUACCCUCCCAAUCUUCCUCAUUCUGUAUGUUGGUCACAAGCUUUGGUUCCGAACCGCUCUCUACAUCCCGAUCGACAAGGUUGAUGUCAUCACCGGCAAGAAGGAGAUGGAUGAGCUGGAAGCCACGGAAGAGCCUCGCAUUGCCAAGAACUGGUUGCAGAAGGCGUGGUACUGGCUUGCAUAG